UACAAAAUCCGUUGAAAAUCACAUUGAACAACUUGCUCAAUAAUAUAUUUUUUCCGUGCUGAACUUGAUCCUUUUACGUCAAUAUACAUCAUCAUAAGCAGAAAGUUGUUUAAUUAGAAUAUAAAAAAAAGUCUUAUAGAUAAGAGGGCGAUACAAACAAUACUAGAGAAUUGAAGUGAAGGAAAUUUGGCAUCACAAGAGUUAAGAGAAUCGAAAGAUGGGUAGCAAAAGCCAAGAUAAUAAUGAUAGAGAUUUAGUAAAGAAGGUUUUCACUCACAAAGGUCGAUACGUGCAAUACAGUUUGUAUGGAAACUUGUUUGAAGUGUCCUCCAAAUAUGUUCCUCCUCUUCGCCCUAUCGGUAGAGGUGCUUAUGGAAUCGUCUGUGCUGCUGUUAAUUCUGAUACACAUGAGGAAGUUGCCAUCAAGAAGAUUGCCAAUACAUUUGACAACAUUAUUGAUGCUAAAAGGACUUUGAGGGAAAUUAAGCUUCUUCGUCACAUGGACCAUGAAAAUAUUAUUGCUAUUAAGGAUAUUAUACGACCUCCACAAAAGGAUAAUUUUAAUGAUGUUUACAUUGUUUAUGAAUUGAUGGACACUGAUCUUCAUCAGAUUAUUCGUUCUAAUCAACCUCUCAACCCAGACCAUUGUCAGUACUUUCUAUAUCAGCUGUUAAGGGGACUGAAAUAUGUGCAUUCGGCAAAUGUCUUGCACCGUGACCUUAAACCAAGUAAUUUACUUUUGAAUGGAAACUGUGACCUUAAAAUUGGGGACUUUGGUUUGGCAAGGACAACAUCCGAAACAGAUUUUAUGACGGAGUAUGUCGUUACUAGAUGGUACAGAGCCCCAGAAUUGCUCCUUAAUUGUUCAGAGUACACAUCUGCAAUUGAUGUCUGGUCUGUUGGUUGCAUAUUUGCUGAAAUUAUGACCAGAGAACCCUUGUUUCCUGGGAAGGAUUAUGUUCAUCAACUAAGGCUUAUAACCGAGUUGAUAGGUUCACCUGACGAUUCGAGCCUCAGAUUUCUACGAAGUGAAAAUGCCAGAAAGUAUCUUAGACAGCUUCCACAGUUUGGGAAGCAAAACCUUUCGGUGAAAUUUCCUAGUAUGUCGGCUGAGCCUCUGAACUUGCUAGAAAAAAUGCUUGUAUUUGAUCCUGUUAAACGAAUUACAGUGGAUGAGGCACUAUGUCACCCAUAUCUUUCAUCACUUCAUGACAUCAAUGAUGAACCAGUUCCUCCUACGCCAUUCAGUUUUGAUUUUGAGCAGCCAGGAUGUACUCAAGAGCACAUUAAGGAGCUCAUCUGGAGGGAAUCAGUGAAUUUCAAUCCCGAUCCACCGUCUCAGUAAUUCUUACUUCUUUGUGUAAAUGGAACAAUAUGUAGUACUUCAUUCCCAUCAUAUGCAAUGUAUGGUCAUCAUUAUCAUGACACAUUGCUAAGUGCAGAAAGUUCCUUUCCUUGUAGUCUAGUCCUAAACAGUCUAGGUUGCCAUGUAAAAUGAGUAAUUAUUCAAAAUCCAGUUAAAUAUUGCAAGUUACAAAAGCUUUGUGUUAUGUUGAAGUUUGUUAGGAGGAAGAGUCUAUAUAUAAACUUAAAAGGUUUGUAAAGUAAGGGGUGUUUCACUUUGUAAACACCAGUGAGGCUUAUGGUGACAAAAAUCGAUAGACUCUGAUCCUAUAUAUAAACUAAAGUCAGACUA